AUGGUGAAACUCUCUACAUUCCUGUUCUUGCUUGUCCUCCUUGUCUUCAUCCCUGAUGGAGAAAGAGUGCCAAAGGCAGAAGCAAAAGACUGCCACAAAGUGUGGAAUUGCAAAGGGGAAAAUCGUUGCUGGGAAGACUGUCGAAAUCGAUACAACGGGAUGGGCCUUUGUGAUUUGUACACUGCUCCUUCCGUUCCGAAGCAGUGCUUUUGUGCAUAUAAGUGUUGAUGUUACCAUAUUCUACAAUAAACAUCACCUUUUCAAUAAAUUUUUUUUAUAUAGUAUUUAAAUAAGUU